GAUUUUGGUGUGGCUCACGUCAAGCUGUUGUGAGUUUCAAGUGGUGUGAAAUAGUUAGUAAUAUUCAUUCAUUGAAUUCUUCAAUUUUUUGAAAUUAUUAUUGGUACCAUCGAAGAUUCCAAACUCUAAACUCUUCCGGAUAUUUUUCAUGAAGGAUUGAAAGAGAGAUUUGAAAAAUAAGUCUUUACCCUUAGGAGCAAAAUGUCCAGAAGACUCUGGCCCUUGGCGUUUCUCUUGGUGGGGCUUGCCCUAGCUGCCUCACCAGUCCCCCACCAGACGAGUGAGGAUUCCCUAAGGAGUGCCCUCAAUGCCGUAACAAGGAAACAGAGGUCCCUCGAUGCACUUCCCCCGGCGGGUUACUACGGCGACCUGAGGUCUUUCAAGUAUCACGGCGAACCGGAGCCAAAGUUGGAGAGGGAGGAAAUACCAGAGAUGGAUGAUGAUGAUGAGGAUGACCUCGAAUUCCUUCCCCUAGAGAACGGCCAGUUGGAGAAUAUCGGGGGUGGAUACCGGGGGUUUAAUAAUAAGAGAUUGGAGAGGGCUCUUAUGGAUUAUUUUGAGACAGCACCCAUUCAAAGAGAAACAGGAACCUCCUCUCUGUUCCGCGAGCGUGAGAGAAACGGGGCCCGAAAACGCACAAUGAACCCGGACCAUUUCAAUGGCCAUGACGACAGAGAAUUGGCUCGACUAUUUUUGGACGAGCUCCAAAAUUCACCCCCUUACGGAGAAGAGCCUGAGGACACCCCCGAGUACUUGCCAAUCGAGGCCUUGCAAUCUCUCUACGACAGAUACAGGUUGGAGGGGAAUAAUAAAUUGGAAAUGCCGGGUCCGAUGUCAUGGGCUGAAGACGAUGGAGUGGAUUAUUUUGCCGAACGAGAACGCGGUCAACGUCCAAAGAAUUAUUUACUCUACCAGGUACUUCCCAUCACUCAGAGAAGAAAUGUCAAUGGAAGGUAUCCUAUUGGCAGAGAGUACAGGGACCUUGUCAAACGAUUUCCAGUUGCCAAGAGGAGUGCUAAACCCUUUCCACUUACAUCACAGGCUACUGAUCCCAAGGUCGCACAGGAUCUAGGUGCCCUCUUCGGUCCUCAAUCACGCCAAGCCAACAAAACCCAAGACCAAAAGCUCUCAGCAAAAUUAAAUCACGUGCACAAUGACGAUCACAAUCACAUGCACCAACAUACAUCAGAGCGACCUGUCUCCUUCACCACAGACGUCUCGUCCACGACAUCUCGACAGGAGCACCUCAAAGACAAGUCCGGUACAAAGGCCAGCAAUACUAAAGAGCGUCUGAUAGAAGUGAAGAAGAAGAAGAGUGUCGACUGGUCUCAGUAUUUCGGCAUCGACAGAAGGCGAAAGAAGGCAACUCUUCUAGCUAGACCUGGUAGCCAGGAGCAGGACGACGAGUGGAUGCUCCAGAGGUACUACAAGACAAUGGCUGACAACUUGAAAACUGCUCCGGCAAGGGAUUUCGAGAGGAAUGGAGGGGAGAAGAGGGACAAAUUGGAUCAGAUGGACGAGAAACUGAAGAACGUUAAGAAUGUCAUCAUCGAGGAUGCGGUGAGGUACUCAGCGGCGGGCGACAAUGAUGCUGACCCUCAGGAUGUCAAGGAGGUGGUUAUGGCCCGUAUGGCGGCGGCUUAUUCCCUGGAGAAGAUGAGGAAGGCUCUCAAUGAAUUCAGAAACAGCAUUGCUGCGCAGAGGGAUUCGCCCAAAAAUUCUCAAACGAAAAAUAAUAAUUCUAGUAAUAAUGGAAAUAAGGAUAACUCCAGUGGAAUUGGGGGGAAUGAGAAGAGGUCUAGUAAUGUCAUCGAUGAUGAAGGAUCCCCUUAUGAAGGAUUUGAUGAGGGCAAGUUUACACCUUGUCCGGAGUUGGAAGUUAUUGAGAGGAGUUGCAAACCAGCUAGAAAUCUUGUUAGUGGGCUCUUUGUGCCCUGCGUGAUGCAUCAAAUUUGCACAACUUGUGAUGAAGAAGAUGAAUGCAUGGGAUUGUUUGCAAUGGAAGCAGCCCGAGUCUGUGACCUUCUCGAAGAAGAGGGCCGUGACGCUGGUGGCCAUUGCGCAAGAACAGCCCUUGUCAUCUCUCAAAUGCAACCACUCCCCAUCGGCACAUCCCUCUGUCGCGGCUCCACUGGAGGAGAUUCCUGUCUUGGUCGAUAUCAAUAUCGCAAUCGCAAUCGCGAUCACAAUCGUCAUCGUUUCUCCUACUAUCCCUACGCAACCCGACGACACAGCACCACCAGCGGAUUCGAUACACCAAUGAAACGAUAAAAAAAACUGAGGAUAUUUCAAUGAGGUAUAUAACGCCAGUCGACAUGACAGCGUCAUAUCAAAUAGAAUCUUCCCUCUCUUUGCAGAUUGUCUGAAGAAAAAUCCAAAUGUGUAGAUCUUUAGGCGCCUAGUCAGUGUCUGCGAAUGCGAAUUAUUCCCAUGUGUGGAGGAAGGAUGGAUUGUCCUGUUGGCAAUAUUUAUCGCCAUCACUAAUACCUGAAUAGAAAUGAAAAAUGACAUCCUAGCGAUUUCUGUUGGACUUUCUAUUAGUUUUUGGCUGAUUCUAUUGGGAAAUUCCAGAAAAUGCUGUAUAGAAAAAAAAAUCAAUAGAACAAUAAAAUUCUAGAGAUUGUUUCUGUAUCCGGUGAAUUCGCUAGGUUUUUCUUUUUUUUCUAUGAAUCAUAUUUGUGCCUGCAUGAAGAAAAAAUAAAAAUAUCUGUGGGAGAGAAAAAAAAACUGGAUUAUCUACCGAUACUUCUGAAGACGAUUCGAGAGAAUUAUAAGAUCCGACUUGCCAAAUUAUCAACUUUUCAGAUGAGGAAAAAUGAAAUCACAAUGAUGAAAUUAUUAAUCGUGCUUAAUCCGUACAGUGUGUACCUGAAUGUAUAAUUGGUUUAGGUCAUAAGCGCAUCUUCUAUCUUCUCCUCCCUUUUAAGUAUAAAAAAAUAUAUUUCAAGUCACCCUCGGAGACUCAUGCACCUAUUGACGAUUAUUAUUAGUUGAGAAUAUUCGCAUUGUAUUUAAACACGCACCACUCGGCCUAACGAGCCUCAUUUUAAACUCGAUAAUUAUUUCAAUGGAAUUGAUCAACGAAGCUGAGGACAAUAAACGGUUAACGAAAGUAUUUUGAAUCGGCUUGAUGUCUCCAAUGGGUCUUUGGAUAUUAAAAAAUUGUAAAACGUGAGUGAAGAAAAAUUUAUAUUCUAUUCAACAUCUAUUAGCUGCUGUAUUCCAUUUUGUUUUAUUUUCAUUGUUCGAGUUGAUGAGAUUACGUUGGAAAAUAUCUAGAUAAAGCUUUUAAAGAAUUCCAAUAUUUCCGAGCUGAUGCAAUCGGUGGGGAAGCUAAUAUUUCGAAAUUUUUCAUCUUUCUUUGAAAAAUUAUCAAAUUAAUUGCAAAAUCAAAAUGUUUUGUCGCGUAAAAAUCCUUUGGCAUUGAGAUAAAUUGAGCUUUGAAAAGAGCGGAUAAAAAAUCGCAGUUAUGAUAAGUUUUAUCACUCCCCCACCGAAAAAUUCUUAUAUUUUCAUCUGCGUUAAUACAUUCCAGUAAUUUCGAAAAAAAAAAAACAUAAGCAUUUAAU